AUGCAGUCAUUCCCUGCUCCUAUUGAUGAAGUUAUUGGGCGGUGUGUUUCUAAAGAAUCUGAAUUUACAUAUUUUGAUAAUGGUAAAAAAAAAAUUCACUGGAGUCAUCCCAAAUAUAUUGAAAAGAAAAGAGAAAAUAAAUCCUAUGAGGCAUUUCAACAAGCAGUAUUAUUAUGCUAUUUAAAUCAGUUUUGUGCAAUUACCUUAGAAAAAAGAAGAAGACAACCAACAGUUACCAUGUCAUUACCAAACAUUAAAACCUUAAUUUUUGAGAAAGAGGAGAUUGACAUUUCUUCAUUAGCAGAACAACGUUGUCGUCAAAAUUUUGAUGAUUGUCAUUUUGAGGGAAAAAAUAAACAAACAACAACCAGGAGAUUAGAAAAAAAUAAACGAAUCUUCAUCCAUAAUUUAUUGAUUGAUAUUUUAAUAGAAAAAGGAUAUUUCUUUGAUUCAAAAAUGUCAAAACGUUCUAAACGUGGAUUCCAACUUGAAAGAAUAAUUCAUAUAUUCUACAAAAAUAAAUUUAUUAUGGGUAAAGAAGAUUUAACAAUACAUGGCUGUAAUGUCAAUUCUUAUUUAUGUAAGUUAGUUGAAUCAACACCUAUUGUAACUAUACCUCGAAAUGAUCUUUGUUUGUAUCAAGCUUUUAAUCAAUAGAACUUUUUUUUUUAAAAAAAAGAAAGAAAUAUAUUCUAAAUUAAUUUUCAAUUUAA